AUGUUCGGCUUCCAAGUCGCGUGCAAGACGAUCGCGGAUGGCAUCGCUGCCUCAAAGCUCGCCAAGGAGGCAGGGGCGCAGUUCCUGGACAUCAAUUGCGGCUGCCCGAUCCACGAGGCGACGCGCCGUGGGAUGGGCUCCGCCAUGCUCCGAAAGCCGCGUGCACUCGCCAAGAUGGUGGCCGGCAUCGCCGCGGAGUCGGAGCUGCCUGUGACUGUCAAGGUUCGCCUGGGAGAGAACGACAAGAAGAUCAACGUGGACUCGGUGGUGCGUUUCCUGGAACGAGCUGGGGCUGCGGCGGUGACAGUGCACGGCCGGACAGCGGAACAGAGGUACAAGAAGGCCGCAGACUGGGGCCGUGUAGGAGAGCUGGCUCGAUCUUCUUCGGUGCCCAUCAUCGGGAAUGGCGACAUUCUGACCCACUACGAGGCUCGCGCACGUCUUGAGGAGUCGGGAUGUGCGGCGGUCAUGGCGGGGCGGGGAGCGCUCAUUAAGCCUUGGCUGUUCCUGGAAUUCAAAGAGGGCCGUGAACUGCUAUUGACGACUUCGGAGCGCGUGGGUGUGUAUCGGCUUCUGGUGUCCUACAUGAAGGAGCAUUUUGGUGACGAUGAGCGCGGUCGUCGCAAGGCUUGGUACUUCUUCCCCUGGCACUUCGAUUUCCUAACCCGCUAUCGCCCGUUGCCGGAGGCCGUGUAUGGCGCUCAGAGCCGCGAGCACCCGCUCAUCCUCACUCGCCAGGACCUUACUGACCCCCGGAUCGAUGCGUUGUGGGACGCGGCUUCGGACGCGGAUGCAGUGGCGGCGCUGGAGCGUAUCGGGGCGGAACGUUGCGCUGGGUGGGAGGAAGAGGUUCGGGCCGGCGGGCGGGAAGCGGGGGAUCCCAGUCGCGGUGGAGGAUUGGGAAGCACUGAGCAGCGGGGAUGAGUUGGCCUAGUGGCGAGGGUGGAGAGAGGAGGGCCAGGAAAGCGGGGAGGGAUGGGAAGAAUCUCAUGAGUUGGAGUUUCGCUGGAAGGGCGGGAUUAAGAAAGGUGGUUGGGAGGUCGGCUGGUUGCGUUUGGAGCGGGAUGCCAUGGCUGUAAGUUGCGUGGGGGAAAGACGAGAGCAAAGUAACCCGGGGGUUGAAUACUUGGUAAUCUGCCGCUGUUCAGCAGGGGACGGGAGUUGUACCGUUGGUUUGCUUACUUGUAGGACUAUCCGAGCAUGCAAGGGCCAUUGUUGCUGUUGGAGACCUUCAACAAGGAAGAAUGAUUGGAUAUACGGUGUCAAUCUGGUUGGUCAAGUUGCCGCACGCGUAUUACUCUCCGCCAUGGCUGUAAUUAAACCGACUACUCACGUAGCACGUGUGGCCCUUGAUCGCCGGUUGUGCCCAGCACGUGCACAAAGGGUCGAGGCCAACUGCAAAUGUCUCAACGGGAAGCAACAUAGCUAAGAGCACACAUACGACGCACAAACCAAAGACGCUAAAAUAGUUCAUUGAAGUCUGCAAGCCUCCGUAAUCUGCUCCAUCAGCGUUUUGCCGUCCCCGCCGCCGUCACUGUCACUGCCAAAAACAAUUCCUGCGCUUUUCCCGUUGGAGCCUUCCUAUCACACAUAAACACUAUUGCGGUUGCCCCUCACGCAUCCACCCAUACCCCUGCUGCUGCUAUUGCUAUUUGUGUUGCUAUAGCCGUCGGUCCACCCUCCACCGCCAAGAAACUAUACAACUGCCACUACUCUGCCUGCCCAUUGAUG